AUGAUAUAAAAUGAAAUUUUACUUCUUAGUCCUUCUGAUGGAAGUGUAAUGAUAAAUAAGGAUUCGCAUGAAGAUUGCUUUCGAGUUGGUAAAAGGAUGAAAAUUUCUCAUCCCAGACAGCCAUCUUAUUAAGUAGAAGAGGAUAAAAAUCCUGCCUUUGAAAUUUUUGACUUAAAAGCGCACAAGGAACCGGAAGGAAUUAUUUGGAAAUUUAGAAAUCACAGGUAAUAUACAAAUGUAAAAGUCAAUAUCACGGAAUAAAAUACAUAAAAAAAGGUUUUUUUAUUUAUUGAUAAAUUGAAAUAACACCUCGCUUUACACAACAAAUAAUACACAAUUAUUAAUUCUGAAUUGUUUUCUCCUUUAAACAUUGGUAAAAGAGUUUAUAACACUUCACUUUACCCUAUAUUAAAUAUCAUAUGGGAUUCUAUUAUAUUUUUUUCUUGUUGCUUACUCUUAAUAGUGAGUCCAUUUUAAUAAAUAUACUAAUCAAAUUGUUAUUGGAAGUAUUUGAAUAUUUUAAUGAUUAUUCUUUGUACUUUGGAUUAGAUUUAUAAAUAGAUAUUCUAAAGGUGCUAAGAAGAAAAGUUUAAUAAUAAUAACACAACUUUUAAAAGCUUUUUAAAUUCAUAAAUAUUUUUAUUGGAUACGUCUUCUGUAGUUAUUUUUUCUGUACUUAUUGUUUUGGAUAAUGAAUUUAUUAAGAUAAUCGGUUUGAUACUUAUCAAAUAUAUAAUUUUUAGAAAGAUAAUCCUUACCUUUAAUAAAUAAUUAUAUUUUGAGUUGAGUGAUUUAAACCUCUAAAUAAUAUAAAUUUUGCUUACAUGUCAUUAUUUUACUUGUAUCAAUUUAAGAUAAGAGUUUAUACUAAAUAAAGAAGUUAUAGACUUUGAAGAAAUAAUUGGUAAUUAUAUAGAGGUUUAUGUUAAUUACAUUCUUUAAUUUGGAAAUGCAAAUUCUACUUCUGAAGGUGAUACAUUAUUACAUGGAGCCUUUAAUGUAAGUACAAUAGCAAUACUUUUGUAUUACAAAAUCCUAUUUUUGAAGUUUAUAAUUUUAGAUUGUCUCGACAUGUCCUAAGCAUACAAAAAAACUAAAGAUUUGAAAAGACUCCAGCAGUUUUUAUACAAAUAAAAAAUUUCCUAGACUUUAAAGUCCUAAAUUUCUUUAAAGUUACAUUAAAUUUUUUCAAGGGAUGAAAAUUCAUAAAACAUAGAAAACUAUUUUGAGUAGAGUUUAGCAAAAGAGUCAUUAUUUUAAGAAUUUAAGGAACAAAAGUUAAUCAACUUUGUCAAUUAGUUUGCUAUAUUUUCCAAAUUUUCAAAAUCAACUAAACAAUAAAUAGCAUAAAAUCUAACUCCGAUUGUAUUAAAUUCAAAUGAUAAAUUGAUUUGCAAUCAAUAUGGUGACUAGUAUACUAUUUAUCUUCUCUAUUAAGGUAAAGUUGCAUGUGGUCUUACAGACACAAUACAAGAAUAUCAUCAAAUCUUUAGUGGCCAAUGUUUUGGUUAAUACUCAUUCUUUACUGGUCAAGAGAAUAAGAAUUUGAUAAAAUGUUUAGAUUAUUGCCUCCUUUAUAAAUUAAAUAGAGAGAAUUUUCUAAAAAUAAUUUCAUCGAACGUUAAAGAUUUGGAAAUUGCAAAUUUUAUUAAGGAUUAAAUUUUAUUUAAUAAUAACUAUUCAAUAAUAGACUCAAUUUGUUUAUAUUGUUAAGACAAAACUCAUUUAAUAAAUAAUUGCCCAAAAGUACAUUUAAUAAAAAAGAAGAUUGAUUUUUUUGAUCAAUAUCUCUAUUGUUCAGAUUAACCUAGAAUGUUAUAUAAUAAAAGAAAAAAACGAAGUUAAGAUUAGUUUCGAAAUCAUUUUAGGAAAUUAUAUGACAUGUAAAUAAAUCAAGUUUCAGGAGAAUUUUCCUCUGAGUUAAACUCCUAAUCUUCUAUUAACUUAGACUAAAAUUUUGAAAAAAAAGAACAAAAAUUUCCUGGAGAAUCAAGCAAUUUAUUAUUAAAUGAUUUGUGCAAUGAAAAUAUGAAAUAAAGUGGACAGAAAGAAUAAUCGUAUCCAGAAAUGAUUUCACCAACUUCUCCUUAAAUUCAAUAGCAGAAACUGUAAUCAAAGAACAUUUUCGAUAUGAAAAUUUAAAACUUGCUGAAUAAGGGUAAUUCUCUAUAACUCAUACCUACUCUAUCAAAUAAUCCGAGUCCUAUAAAUAAACUAUAAAAUCCAAGUUAACCUACUGUCACUGAAUUCUUAACUUUAGUUAAUGAGGUAUUUUAUGAAAACUAUGAUAAGAAUAUUUGUAUGGAGGAUAUUUAUAAAGUAGAUUUAGACAGAAUGUAAGAUUUCGAUAUCUAUUACCCUGAAUAUAAUAUCAUUAUAGUACUUUUUAAAAUGAAAAGUAAUUCGAAAAGAAAAAAGAUUUAAUACAAAAGUAAAAUGACAAUCAAUUAAAGUGCUGCCAUGAAAAUAGGUAGGAUUAUAGAUAAAAGUAGAAAAUUAAUUUAGAUAUGA